AUGCCGAACAACGACGUCCAAACCACCGAACAGAUGGAACGACAGAGCGAUUGCAUUUCGUACGCGUUCCGCAGCAUGGUGAUGUAUGAAGACGGCGGCGGCAGCAACCGCAACAGCAACAACAACAGCAACAACAACAGCAACAGCAACAGCAAAAGUAACAGCAACAGCAACAGCAACAGCAACAGAAACAGUGGAAAUGGCGGCGGUGACUCGAACUCAAGUGGAAACGGCGGUAGUGACAUUGAAGACGAUUGUGAGAGUUGGUCCGAGGAUGGCAACAGCAGCACUGGGGCCAAUGAUUCUUCGUCCUCCGGCAGCGCUGACGAGGGCUGCUACAGUGGUGACGGCGAGAAAUCGUCGACGAACCGCAGUGGCGGCAGCAGCAGUGGCGGCAGCAGCAGUGGCGGCAGCAGCAGUGGCAAUAGCAGCAGUGGCGGUAGCAGCAGUGGCGGUAGCAGCAGUGGUGGCAGCAGCAGUGGUGGCAGCAGCAGUGGUGGCAGCAGCAGUGGUGGCAGCAGCAGUGGUGGCAGUAGCAGUGACGGCAGUGGCAGCGAUGGUUGUAGUGGCGACAACAAGCGUAAGUGGUUCAUAUCUUUGCGCACCGUACUCGACCGGGUGGUCGGUAUCGAGCGCAAGGGCCGCAGCAAGAAGAGAGUCGUCAAGUCCAUUCUCCGGCCGCCAACCACUUACAAAUACGUCAUCGGCAUGUCCGGGCUCUCGACCAAGGUCGCCGUCUAUCCUAAAACCACCAUGAUGUGA